AUGUCCACCACAACCGCCACAGCCACAACCACCGCCAGCACGUGCACCUCCACGGGCAACCUGUACGUCCUCCCCGUGCAAGACGCAGCAUGCGCGCUCCCCAACACCAACAACGCGAGCGCCAUCAUGGACAAAUGCUGUUCGCCCGCCAGCCCAACCAAAUACGACAACGACUGCGGAAUCUACUGUCUGGCACAAGGGCAGGACGUGAAGGAGCUUCUCUCCUGCAUUCAGUCCAACGGGGCGGUCGAGGACCCCUUCUGCUCCGGUAACUUGACUGCGACGGCGACGGCGAGCGUGACGGGCACGAAGGCUACGGGAUCUUCUACGAAGACGGGGACGAGUACAGGCAGUGCGGCGAGUGAGACGGGAUCGUCUGCGGCUGUGCCUAUGAAGCAGGUUGGGGUUAGUAAGGUUGGACUGGGCAUGUUGGGGAUGGUGCUGUGUGGGGCUGUUUUGGGGGGUUUUUAA